AUGGCGCCUCGGAACGACUCAACCAAGGAAAAGGCCGACGCGAAGCCCUCCGCUACUGAGGUGAUCAAGCAGCUGGCCGGUCCCAAUCUCCAUUGCACCUCCACCGUGCACACCAACCUGCCCGUCACCAAGGUGACUGUCCACCCGCUUGUGCUCCUCUCCGUCGUCGACCAUUUCAACCGCGUCAGCAAGAGCACCUCCGUGAAGCGAGUAGUCGGCGUGCUCCUCGGCUCGAUGCGCAACGGCAAGGAGCUCGACAUCGGCAAUUCGUUCGCUGUUCCUUUCGAUGAGGAUGAGAAGGACAAGUCGACGUGGUUCCUCGACAUGGACUACCUCGAGUCGAUGUACUCGAUGUUCUACAAGGUGGCCGCCAAGGAGAAGAUUGUUGGAUGGUACCACACCGGGCCCAAGCUUCACAAGAACGACAUUGCCAUCAGCGAGCAAAUGAAGCGCUUCUGCCCCCACCCUGUGCUCGUCAUCAUCGAGGCUGAGCCCAAGCAAAUUGGAUUGCCGACUGAAGCCUAUGUCGAGGUUCAAGAAGUGCACGAUGACGGCACACCCCCGAUCAAGACGUUUGAGCACGUGCCUUCAGAUAUUGGCGCUGAGGAGGCUGAAGAAGUCGGAGUCGAGCACUUGUUAAGGGACAUCAAGGACCAGACGGCCGGCACCCUAUCUCAACGGAUCACCGACCAGCUGAUGGGGCUGCGUGGCCUCCAUUCUCAGCUGACCGAUAUCAAGCGCUACUUGGGCGAGGUGGCAGCAGGACGACUCCCUGUCAACCAUCCCGUCAUCUACUACAUUCAGGAGGUACUGAACCUGUUGCCCGACGUCUCGCACCCGGAGUUUGUCGAGGCGCAAAACGUGCAGACGAACGACCAACUGCUCUGUGUCUACAUGGGCUCCCUGGUCCGUGCCAUCAUCGCCCUCCACAAUCUGAUCGACAACAAGAUUGCUCUCCAAAAGGCUGAACGCGAUAAGGACGGGCUUGACGGAGAGAAAAUCGAAAAGAAGAAGGACGAAAAGAAAAAGGAAGAAAUUGGCAAAGAUGCGAAAAAGGUUGAGGAGAAGAAGAAGCUCCGC